UGCAUUUCAUCAGAGUUUUUAGCUGUGAUUUCUAGAAUUUUCAGAGUGCUUUGACAGAUUUGUUUAUUAAUUGCUACACUGCUAACUAUUUUUUCAGCUGAAUUAAAUUGAUUUCUGAUUUUAGUGAAAAAUGUCUUAUAUGUUAUUGCGAAGUUGUCACUCAUUUUUGGGUCGUGGGAUUCUUCAAGAAACUAAAACCAGCCUUGUUCAAAAAUGUGGUUUACGUAAUGAGGCUCCAAAGGUAAAAGGUGUUUUUGGUGUACGAACUGAGCCCAAGUUAAGUUUGAAAGAGCGUCUUCUUAAGCCUACAUCUGGAGCACCUUUCGCUUUUGGUCGAGCUGCUGUGACUGCUGGAUCUGGAUUGGGUCUUGGAGCUUUGUGUUUCUAUGGUCUUGCUUCGCGUCAAGAUGCUAUUAUUGAUAAAUCAUUAGCCUGGCCAAAGCAUGUCCAAGAUAGGAUCCAUGCUACAUUCGCUUACUUUGGGGCUAGCAUUGGAGUCGCUGCUACUUCUGCUUAUUUUGUAACUCGAACUCCAGCGUUGAUGCGUUUGGUUUCUUCAAACUCACUAUUGGCAUUUGGAGUGACUAUUGCAGCUUUGAUUGGUUUAGGAAGUAUUUCUGCAAGCAUACCUUAUUCUCCUGGAUUUGGCUCUAAACAGAUGGCUUGGUUAGCUCAUAGCUCAUUGCUUGGGGCAAUUAUAGCACCUAUUUCUGUGGUUGGAGGUCCUCUUAUCAUGAGAGCUGCUUUGAUCACUGCUGGUGUGAUUUCAAGUCUUUCUUUGGUAGCUGUUUGUGCUCCAAGUGAGAAAUUCUUGAAUAUUGGAGGACCGUUGGCCAUGGGAUUUGGCUUAGUAUUUGCUUCAUCACUAGCAACAAUGUUCUUAGCUCCAACUUCCGCGAUAGGUGCAUCGGCAUAUUCCAUCUCCAUAUACGGUGGUCUUCUUCUUUUCUCUGCUUUCCUGCUUUAUGAUGUUCAAAAGAUAGUCAAAAGAGCUGAACAUACGCCAUUAUAUGGUACUCGUCCUUAUGAUCCUAUUCAAAACUCCAUGGCUGUGUUUAUCGAUACCCUUAACAUUUUCACCAGAAUAUUAGCCAUGCUAGGAAUGGGAGGACAAAAGAAGAAAUGAUCCACUCUCAUUAUUUGAAGAAUCUUGCAGUUAAAAAUUUGUAAAUUUAUAUUAAGUCUUAUUAUCCUGUUGUAUUGGUUUAAUAAUGAAUGAAUCAAGAACGCCUAAAACCUGCGUUUAAACUCUUUUCAUCAGUUACUAAAUAGCCUGAUUCCAUUAGUUUUCAGUUUAGAUCAAUACACAUCUGAUGAAUAUAGUUUGGUGUAAAUAUGAAAAAUCAGUACUGAAUAUCAAUAAAAUUUAAUUGAUCUAUUACACAGAUUAAA